UAGUCCGCACUCUGUUAGCGAGACGGUUUGGUUUCCCUUCCACCUAAACAGUGAUGAGCACGUCCGAGCGUCAACAAGGCCACCCACGAAACAAGAGAUAAGUGCAUGCCAGCAGUCAUACGCCCCGAAGCCCUCGGAUGUCGCGAACUCGGGACUAAAUUCUGACGCGUGAAUAACGCGUGAAGUGAUUUGCCUGUGCCUUACGCAAGUGUCGGGCGGAGCGGGGGGAGUUCGAGGAGGGGUCACGUGGUUAGACUUGAUGCCGCCUGUGAGCGCGUAGUGGAAGGCUCCGCCUGAGAAAACAAAGCGCCCGCGUAGAGACAUCGAAAAACUGAGCGGGGGUGCCAUUUUUACCGGGCUCAAAACUUUUGCGCUGCUCGGCCAGUGUGAAUUCCGUCACGGUCGUCAUGCACCCGGUUAUCCUGGCUGUUCUCACCGGCUUGUUGCACAGUGGCUUCGCAGCAUGCAACAACGUGACCUGCACCACUAACAACGACUGCACGGAUGGAAAAAUGUGCGUCACUCAUUACAACUACAGCUCAGGGUCAUACUGCAAGACACAGGGUCAUUGCAUCUCUGUCACGGACAAGACAUGUUCCUGCCUCGAAGGUUACACCUGCCGAAAAAAGGACUGCCCGAAAUCACCUUACGAAUGUGUCAUCCUUGAAAACCACGAAACGAGGUGCGGUGGCGAGAAGGCUCCCGUGUGCAAGGAUGGUGAAGUGUGCGCCUACGUCUUCCAGAACAUCCACUGCUACGAGUGUCCUUGCUACUACUCUCACAGCGUCAUGUGUCUCAAGAUCACCAAGCAACACAGAGCGUGUGGGCCGAACGCCAUUGCCGAAGUCAGCGGUCACCGGAAAUACAGUUGCGAUGGCUGCAAGUCGGCCACUGCAUGUUCUUACUCCGCCAACAAUCAGUCCUGGACCCUGAAGUCACUUUCGAUUUCCGUGAUGAAGCGAAUGAAAACAUUCGUCCGCUUCUGGAAUGUCUCCGAUGUUGAUAUCGCCCAUUGUACAAAGCCAAAUAAACGUCACUAUCUUCACUCAGGAGAACUAUACUUUAGAUGA